AUGACUUUUGUUUUAGUAGAGAAUAAAGGCAACAUGGACAAGAAGGCAUUUUUGCUUUUACUUGGAUACAUCGGAUACUUGUUUCUUGGAGCAGCAGUUUUUCUUCACCUGGAAAAGUCAAUACAGGAAGAAGACUGUAAAUAUGCAAAUACAACGCUUCAAAUGGAAAUCAUGGACUUUGGAAACCAAUACUUUUACGACCUUGGUCUGAAUCGAAAAUUAUGCAAGGGGAUCAACCGUUUAGAUGAACUCUACGCUACCGCCAGCGACCACAGCCACAAAGAGCAAGUGACCGAGCUCUUUACUAUGUGGGCUGAGGACGAUUGCUCGGAAGAACGAUACACGCACGUGUUAGCAAGGCUCACAAAAGAAGCAGAAAACAACACGGCCUUUCAAGAUGAAUUUAGAGAAGUUUACGGAGAGCUGAUAAAAUUCGCUGGCUUUGAGAGUUUUGACGAGGAACAUCUGAACAUAACUGGCGCUGUUUUCAGAAAUUUGAUGAGCAGAGGAGUUGGCAUUGUCACAGAAAAUUACUUCACAUUGAUCGAGUCCUGCGCAGAAAAGUGGACAUUUCAUUCAGCUUUUUUCUUUGCUGGGACAGUUGCAACGACGAUCGGGUAUGGCCAGCUCGUUCCAACGACCGACGAGAGUCGCAUAUUUUGCAUCGUCUUCGCCGCCAUUGGAAUUCCAUACUUUGCCUACAUGACUUCUGUCAUCUCGCAAUCAAUUAAUAAUGGACUGGACCGAUUGACAAAGAAAUUUGGUGUCACGACAUCUAGAUUAAUUUAUGUUCUUGGGGGCAUUUCGGUGCUUGUUGUUAUUCCAGUUGUUGGUUUUGUAAGAAUAGAAGAGUGGACGCUUGUAGAAGCUGUUUAUUUUUCUCUGAUUUCCUUGUCGACCAUCGGGUUCGGCGAUUUGGUCCCCCGGGAAGAACCACCGACAAAGUACGCGACCCACAUAAAUAAUGUCACUGCCUGUUACGACACGCUCACAAACCCGAUCCCUCGGAGUUCUCGUCACGUUGAUCCUAGCCAAGGAGACUGCAAACCGAAUGUGUAUCCGGAAUCGGUAGAAUUAGUCUUUGAUGUUUACCGAGUUUGCGUAUUCUUUUGGAUUCUGACUGGAUUGACGUGGCUUGGUGGCAUCAUCCAAAUGGUUUGUUCGUUGGUUUCGAAUUCGAGAAAAAACGAGUCGCAGGCUGUAUCCAUGACGGAGAGCUUUCUCGUCACUGGCGGAGAAACGGAGAAAGUGCCUGUUCCGUGCUCUUGCUGCGCUGAUUGUAUUUAUCGCAACCAAAAAGUGCUCAAUGGAAAAACCGCUGGCGAAAGCAAACCACCGAAAAAUGGCAAUGUCACAAAAUAUAUUCAAAAUGGAAAUUCAAACGGCUCCAUUAAUCUUAAUCUGAGUAAAGUGUAA